AUGAUGAAGGGAUUCUCUAUUGCUAAUUUCAGCUUUAUCAUAUUUGUGUUAGUAUUAAUGUUAGCCACGUUAUUGUCAUUAGACAAAAAUGGCUCCUGUCUUUGCAUGAAAUUAUUAUCAGAUGGUCGUAAUAAUAGUAAUAAUAAAUAUUACUAUUUCAAUAUUCGUAGAAAGUUGAUUAGUAAUGCUGAUUGUGAUGAUGAUGAUAAUAAUCCAGAUAAUGGUUAUGAUCAUGAUCAAGGAGAUGAAAAUAAUAAUAAUAACAAUAAUGUAGAAGAUGGAGAUGGCGGCAGCAGUAGCGGUAGCGGUAGUGGUGGUGGAGGUGGCGGAGGAGGAGGAGGAGGAGGAGGUGGUAAUGGAGGUGGAUAUGGCGAAGGUUUCGGGUAUGGUGGCGGUGGUAAUAACGGAGGAGGAGGAAGAGGCGGUAGCAAAAGUGCUAAAGGUGGCGGCGGUGGAGGUGGCGGCGGCGGCGGCCGGUAG